CUUGGGUCAGUAGAGCAGCGUGAACUGCUUGAGUGAUACUAGAAGUCUAAAGUCUAAAAGGAAUGCUGAGUGAGCGGCAAUGGCUAGUAUUGUGGAACUUGGAUUUAGGACACAUGAAACUACAUCCUAAACUGGUAUUAAUCUCAUACAUCUGAGGGAAAUGGGGAACGGAAUAUCAGAGCAACCUAAUUUUCUCUCCAGUCUUCCAUUCUUUAAUUCUCUUCACAUCGCUAUUCUGGGCCUGGACUCUGCAGGCAAAACCACUGUGCUGUACCGUCUGCAGUUCAAUGAGUUUGUUAACACUGUCCCUACCAAAGGUUUCAAUGCAGAGAAAGUCAAAGUAUCUUUGGGGGACUCACAAACAGUGACGUUUCACUUUUGGGAUGUUGGCGGCCAGGAGAAACUGCGUCCUCUUUGGAGGUCCUACACUCGUGGCACAGAUGGUAUCUUGUUUGUUGUGGACUCUCUGGAUGCAGAGAGAAUGGAAGAGGCUAAAACAGAGCUUUAUAAAAUUGCCCGCUCCUCUGAAAAUCAAGGAGUGCCUGUGCUAAUUAUUGCUAAUAAGCAGGACUUGAGACAGGCACUGUCACUAUCACAGAUAGAGACCAUGCUGGCACUCCAUGAACUGGGACCCACCACGCCAUGGCACCUGCAGCCCACCUGUGCCAUCAUUGGUGAUGGACUCAAAGAGGGACUAGAAAGGCUUCACGAAAUGAUCCUAAAACGAAGGAAAAUGCUCAAACAGCAAAGAAAGAAAAAAUAGUCAGUAAAUGCAUUAUGUAAAGGAAAAAAGAUACAAACUAUCAUUUUUAUUUUCCCAAAGUUUGUUAGAACUGAAAAGUGCUUUAGUUGUUUGUUUACUUGUUGUUUACUAUGUCACAGACACUUUAAAAAAAAUAAAUCUAUAAACCUAAUAUAAAUCUUGACAUUUUACUGUCACAGUGAAGGAUGAAUUAUUGAAGGUUUUAUUUAGAGUAUGUUUACUUGCAAUAAAAAUGCUUUAAAUGUUUAUUCUAAGUUGUCAAUUGUAAUACUUGAAGCUAUCUGAUGAGUUCAGAUUAAAUAUUUUGUUUUCAGGAAUGUUUCCUAUGGAAUCAUGUUAAAGGGGCACUCAGUAAUUAUUCAUUUAAGUUUACUGUCCAACAUGGCAGUCGUUUUGGACAAACUGACACACUCACCUUUCACUUUAUUAGGAACACAUGUACACCUACUUAUUCAUGUGAUUAUCUAAUAUAAAUGCAUAAAACCAUUCAGAUAUGAGUCAGGAGCUUCAGUUAAUGUUCACAUCAACUGUCACAAUGGGGAGAAAUAUGUGAUCUCAGUGAUUUUGACCAUGGCAUGAUUGUUGUUGCCAGAUGGGCUGUUUUAAUUAUUUCUGUAACUGCUGAUCUCCUAGAAUUUUCACCCACAAUGGUCUCUAUA